AUGGCUGCGACACAGCUAGAUGCUCUGAUCGUCGGAGCCGGCUUUAGUGGCAUCUAUCAGCUCUAUCGACUUCGUCAGUUAGGCUUGUCUACACGCGUAGUCGACAUGGCUGGCGAUGUGGGAGGAACGUGGUAUUGGAAUCGCUAUCCAGGGGCAAUGAGCGACACUGAAAGCUACUUAUACCGUUUCUCAUGGGAUGAAGAAGAUUUAUUAACCUAUCCUUGGUCUCGGCACUAUGUCAAGGGUCCUCAAGUUCUCGAGUAUCUCAGACAUGUUGUCGAGAGGCAUGAUCUGCGCAAAGAUAUGCAAUUCAAUACUGAACUGGUCUCAGCCGAUUGGAAUGGUCAAUCCAACCACUGGGACGUUCGCCUGAGCACAGGAGAAGUCCUGAAAGUCAGGUAUCUUAUCACUGCCUUAGGCCUACUGUCCAAAGCAAAUUAUCCCGACAUUCCCGGCGCGAGCACUUUUACAGGCACACUCUGCCAUACUGCCGCUUGGCCAGAAGACCUUGAUCUCACGGGUAAACGAGUUGGCGUUAUUGGCUGUGGUUCCACCGGCGUUCAAGUCAUCACCGAUAUCGCUUCCCGCGUCAAAUCGCUUACUUGCUUUCAGCGAAGUCCACAAUACAGUGUCCCAAGUGGCGAUCGACCAGUCGAGCCUGAGUACCGAAAAUGGGUUAACGAAAACUAUGACCAAAUCUUCGACCAAGUCCGCAAUUCCAUUGUGGGCUUUGGCUUCACCGAGUCGACAGUGCCUUUCAAGUCAGUUACUUCUGCUGAAGAACGAGAUGCUAUUUUUGAAGAGCUAUGGAAUAAAGGUAAUGGCUUCCGCUUCUUUUUCGGUGGCUUCUGCGACCUAGCUAUCGAUCGAGAGGGUAAUGAGGCAGCUUGCGCAUUUAUCCGCAAGAAAAUAUCCCAAAUUGUCAAGGAUCCUGAGAAAGCCAGAAAGUUAUCACCCCAUGAAUACUAUGCUAGACGACCGCUGUGCGACGCCGGGUAUUUUGAACAGUUCAACCGACCUAAUGUUGAUAUUGUGCACUUGCGAGAGACCCCCAUCGUGUCCAUCAGACCGCAGGGUAUCGAGACCACAGCUGGCCUUGUGGAGCUCGAUGUCAUCGUCUUUGCCACGGGCUUCGAUGCCAUCGACGGCAGUUAUAAUCGUAUUCGAAUCCGUGGUCGAGACGGUCUCACACUCAAGGAGAAAUGGGAGCCCCGCGGUCCCACAAGCUACCUCGGUGUUGCCGUACCCAGCUUCCCAAAUCUCUUUCUCAUCACCGGACCUCAAGGCCCGUUCACGAAUCUUCCUCCUGCCAUUGAGGCUCAUGUCGACCUUACUACUCGGUUGAUCACGCACGCCGAAGAGGUUCGCAAGGCACAAGGCGAUGAUUCAGUCGGACUGAUAGAAGCACUCCCAGAGGCGGAACAGGAAUGGUGCCAGAGGUGCGAGAAUAUGGCUGCGGGGACUCUCUUCCACGAGUCAGCUUCCUGGAUCUUCGGGCGAAAUAUUCCGGGCAAGAAGAUCGCAUUGCGGUUCUACUUUGGCGGCUUGAAAUCCUUUUACGAAGCCGUGAAUCAUGUCAUUGAGGCCGACUAUGAAGGGUUCCGACCUAUCAACCAGUCAAGCCCCGCCAAAAUUCUCUCUCACGACAGCCCAUCUGAAGGGAUUGCUCCUGCAGUUGGAAUGCUCGAUGGGGUGCAGUCCUCAACGCGCUGA